AUGAAGAUGAUGCUGCUUGGUGAGCUGAACCCGGACCCAGCAGCCCGCGUCAUCGGCUUCAAGGUACGGCGGGAGAGCAGAAGCUAUCAAGUGGCGUCCCGAUCUCAGUUUGCAAAGGCAGAGCCCUUCUUUUGCAGCCGCUUCGAUGAGGAGCUGGAGGCUGAGCUGAUGUGGCGAACAAUUGAUCAGCAGUUGCUGGCUAGGUUACUGGUCGAAGUGGUUCUGAGCAAGCGCAGGAGCAUCGACGACCAGCUCCUCUCCCAGGCGGAGGCGUUUGGAAACUUCGACUACUUUGCCACUGAGCAGGCGAACAAGGCCAUGGACAGCUUUGCGCGGCAUCAUGGCAGUCGCGUCUUCAGCUUGGAUUUGGAGGACUUUGAUGUGGAGCACUUCAACAGUCUACUCCACUUCCUGGGUGAGGAUGACAAGUGCCAGUAUCUCGAUGUCGUCCACGACAACGACAGCCCCGAAUCCGUGGAGUUCUUGGCGACUAUGUCCGGACAGCUCCAGAACGUGCAGCACGUCAUCGAUGAUGUCACCACGCAGAUUGCAAAGCUUCAGCAGCAAAUCAACUCCAAGUUGGGCCAAGUUGGACCAGUGGUGGCGUUGCCCCUGACAACACGCGAAGCCACUCCGACAGACCUGGACACUAUGACUGUGCAGUAUGCCCAAGGUGCGGGCACUCGCGUACUGGAGCCGGUUUCAGAGCCGACCCCGGAGCCUGAAGAUGAGAAGGGCCCGGAGCAGGAACCCUCUCAGAUGGAGAAGAAGAUGACGGACGCAGAGAAGGCGGCGCUUGAUGAGCUGAUUCAACAGUUCCAGCGCUGCGACGUGUCUACCAACGGUUUCGUGUCCGGUCAUGAGCUUGUGGCGUUGGCCUUUGCGCAUGGGGAGCAGCUGCAGCUGGGAAGCGUCCUGAAACUCUGCACGUACCUCUCGUCCAGCGCCCGUGAGUCGGUCCGACCCAUCAUCCUCGAGACCAUCAGCGAUGAGCAUCUGAAGACCGAGUUGGACGUCAAUGGCUUCAUUGCCUUGCGAGGGCAAGAAGGGCUCUUUCAAGGGGCGCCUGCAGACAUCGUGGAAGCUGCGGCGGGGUUAAACAGGGCCCUGGACCAAGAGAACCAGAUCUACAAGUUUGACCAUGAUGCCGACAUCAUGAGGCACCGGCAGCGUCUCAACAUGGCGCGGCUGAUAAUGGACGUCGGCAUUGUUCUUGUCAUAUCGCUCAACGCUCUCGUCAUUGGAAUCAGUGCGGACCAGGAUCCCGACAGCCCCUUCUGGGAAGUGCUGGAGUUGGUCUUCUUCGGGAUGUACCUCCUGGAGUGCGUGGUGAAGCUGGUCUUUUUUGAUGGCUGGCAGUACUUCGUUGGAUCUGAUCGCAGUUGGAACAUCUUUGACUUCGCUUGCCUAGUCAUCUCGGCCAUUGAGCUCAGCAUCUCCUACAUCACCCGACUUGUUGAAGGAGGAAACGCCGCACGUGGGCAGCUCGCUCUUCUGAAGGUGCUGCGGCUGGCCCGACUAGCCCGGCUUGUGCGGGUGAUGCGGUACAAGGUGUUUCGGGAGUUGAAGUUGAUGGCCCUCGGCCUCUUCAGCGGGCUGCAGGCCCUCUUCUGGGCGAUCGUGCUGCUGAUGGCUGUGGUCUUCACAAUGGGCAUCAUUGUACGGUCACUCUUCGGGUACCAGGCGGAGAAGCUUCCGGAGUUCAGCAGCGUGGACCGGGCCAUGUUUACGCUCUUCCGAUGCUUCACGGGGACCUGCGAGACCUACGGAGGGGAUCCGAUUCCGGAGAAGAUGUUCGAUGAGUUUGAGUACGGCUUCCCUCUCUUCAUCGGCUACUUCCUGAUCAUGAUGCUCGUCAGCGUGGGCCUCUUCAACCUGAUCAUGGCCGUCUUCAUCGACAAUGUCACAAAGUCGCAGAACCAGCGCAAGCAGAAGGAGCUGGGCGAGAGUGCCGAGAUGACGGAGAUUGCCUUGAAGAUGGUCUUAGCCAAGUUCAUCAACGAGCCGCGGGCAGGCGAAGACUCGAAGGACAUCAUGAAGCGCAUCUCGGAAGAUGCGAUGAAGAAGCUUGCGAGCCUUACAGAUGCCGGGAGAAGUCGCAACCAGCAAAUGCAGAAAAGGUUGGCGAACGAAGCCUUCAAAGUCUUGGAGGAGUGCCGCAUCAACAUCACCCGAGAGGUGUUCCAAGCGUGGCUGAAGGAUCCCGAGUUCGUGCGCGUCCUGGAAGAGGCAGACGUGGAUGUCUCCAACAAGUUUGAGCUCUUCAAUAUCCUCGACGUGGACUCGGGAGGCGAGCUGUCCGUGGAAGAGCUUCUGAACGGCCUCAUGGGCCUGCGUGGUGACGUGUCCAAGGGCGAUGUGGUUUCCAUCCUUCUGCGGGUGCGAGACAUUCUUCAGCGAGUGGAGCGCAUGGAGCAGCGAAUGAUACGUAAUUUGUGA